UGAAGAUUUCGUGAUUUCACGCCGUUGUCUGAUGUUUCAUUACCUGCGGCAAACUAAAGGUCGAUUGGAUCAAUCUUUGUUUCAAAUCAUUGACGUGUUGCAAGCAGGUACGAAUGUAUUCAUUUGAAAGUGUAUACAACGUGGUGAUGCAUUUCGCUAGACUUUUGUUUUGACGUUGCUUUUAUUCUUGCCAGUUACGCUGAAUACCUGCUUUUCCUUAGGCCUAAGUAGGUCACUGCCUGCCUUGAACGUUUUUGAACGUUGUGUGGUACUUUGGAAAACCUUAUUUACAAUGGCUGGUGGUCGCGAGGAACUGAUGGAGUUUCUGAAGAAGCUUGAUAUCACUCCAGAAAUUAUAGAUCACCCUGAAGUAUUUACUGUUGAAGCAAUGAUGCCAUACCUUGAAAAUUGUAAAGGGGUGGUUAGCAAAAAUUUGUUUUUAAAAGACAAGAAAAAACGUCUUUGGCUGGUUGCAACUGAAGCUAACAAAGCCAUAAAUCUCUCAGAUAUUGGAAAGAAAGUAGGAGCUAGUGGUGGGCUGCGUUUUGCAGAUGAAUCCAUAAUGAUAGAGAAGCUUGGUGUAAAGCAAGGCUGUUGUACUGCACUAGCAAUAUUCAAUGACCAAGAAGGGAGUAUCAAACUUGUUCUUGACUCCCAGUUUUUUAAUGGAGAUCACGAAAAUGUCUACUUUCAUCCAAUGGUAAACACACAGACAGUUGGGUUGAAGAAAGAGGAUUUUAAGAAGUUCGUAUCAGAAACUGGACACAAGCCCAUUUUGAUAGAACUCUGAUUACGGAGUGAGACUCUUUUUACCUGCAGAGCUCUGUCACAUAUUGAUAUGACAGUAUUUUGUAUUGUUGGUGAAUAUAUAUUUUGUAGUUUUAGAAUUGAUACUGUAAAGGCAGUUUACUAUUUAACAAUGAACAACAAGCAUUUGAAAGUGAA